CAUUGAUGUACACUGAACUCAUAAAUAUUUGUAUUUUAUGCAUUGCCAUUUAACGGAUCGUAUACUACUGGCAUUCCUCUAGGUUUUAGAUCCGUUACAUGAGGUAUAAGAUACAUGGUAGAUGUACACAACCCAUCUUUGUUUCUACAUUAUAACAUAUAAAUACAGACGUAUGCUUCAUUGGAGAACAUAUAAACGCGUCGUGAUCAUUCAACGGAAGAACGAAGAAGGAUGUGGAUCAUUUGAAACAGUUUCUUCAGUCGUAUAAAGCCUGUACAUAUCCCGUAUGGCAGAAGGGGCCCUUGAAACUGAAAAGGGGUUGUUGAAUGAAUCUAAGAAACCAAAGAAGGCCGCGUGUCUUUCAAAGAGAUGGACAAUUGCGUAUAUGGGUAUGUGGUUUGGUGUCCUGGGAUACGGGCUCAACACUAACAUGAGUGUUGCGAUAGUGUGCAUGGCCAGCACUACCCACAAUACGUCCUCCAGUGAUGUUACAUCGCCGCUCAGUGAAGGGAAUGCAACCGAUCUUUCUUUUCUCAAAAGUGGCAACUAUGACAUAGGGCACGCAGAAAUACACAAUGAAACUCAACUUAAGGAUAACGUUGACCAAUUAACCGAAAAAGGGAAUGAAAAAAAUCUUCUUACAAUCACUGUCAAUGUCGACAUGUUGCAAUGCGCUGAGAUCGGAUCAGAAUCUUAUAAAGAGAAUGCGGAAUUCUCAUGAGACAAAAGAACACAAUCGUUUAUACUAUCAGGAUUUUUCUACGGUUACAUCUUUGUCCAGAUCGUCGGUGGAUGGGCAGCGGGGCGAUUCGGUGGGAAGUUGAUGAUUGGUGCGUUUAUGGGGUUGGGGUCUCUCGUCACAUUACUCAUCCCAUCCCUUGCGAGGACCAGCCCGUACACAUUGGUUGCUGCAAGGGUCGUAAUCGGAAUAAGUGUGGGUCUAGCGCUACCGGGUUGGUUCAAAUUGACGGCUGUUUGGGCGCGUGAGAAUGAAAGAACGAGAUUCAUCUCGAUAGUAUGGUUCGGUCAGAUUCUUGGUGCAAUUAUUGGUUACACGUCAUCGGGUCUUCUCUGUGUGUAUGGAUUCGACAACGGAUGGGGGUCUAUAUUCUAUAUAUACGGUGCGUUCGGUGUACUUUUUGUUGUUUGUUGGUGGUUUAUCGUGCAAGAAACUCCAAGAAGUGACCUCAAAGACAAUGAAACAGAAAUACAGCUUUUGAGAAAGACUUUAGAUGAAUCCGUUAACAGAACCCCAGCAAAAUCAGGCAUUUCCCCAGUGCCUUGGCUGGAUAUCGUCACGUAUACACCAAUAUAUGGACCUCUGGUCGCACAUAUUUGUGACACGUGGACCUUUUACCUCAUUUUAUCGUGUCUCCCUCAAUAUAUCAAAGAAGUUCUAAAAUUUGACAUUCAGAGCAAUGGGGUCUUCUCGUCGCUGCCCUUCCUCAGUAUGAUGGUGGGAAUAGCUCUUUCGGGACUUCUUGCUGACCAAAUCAGGACGAGGAAACUACUUUCUAUCACCAAAAUAAGGAAACUUCUACAGACUGUCUCAUUUCUAGGCGUUGCAACAUGUAUAUCCGUCCCUGGUUUCCUUACCUGCGAGAAAAGGUAUCUCGUGAUUGUACUCCUGUGUCUGUGCACGUUCUUCGGAGGUCUUGGAGCAGCAAGUGGAUACCUAAGUACAUACGUCGAUAUGUCGCCCAGGUUUUCACCAAUUUUAUUCGGGAUCUCCAACACAAUUGCAUCCAUUCCUGGUAUAUUUGUUCCAUUGGUAGUGGCAGAAGUCACAAAAAAUCAAAGCAGUGAGGAGUGGCGUAUUGUCCUGUUGACUGCUGCUGGGGUUUCUGUAUUUGGUACAAUCGUGUAUGACCUCUUGGCUUCCAGUGAACUCGCUCCAUGGUCGGAUAGAAUGGAGUUUGAAAUCGAAAUUAGUCUGGACAAAGACCAAAUGUCUGAAUUAUGACAAUGAAGUGUAUCAGCGUGAUCUACACAUACAUUUGCAUGGUUCUUGAAAAGUGUCUUAUAUAUCUUGUUUUGGCCAAUUAAGACAAAAAACCUUUGAAAAGGUGAGAAUGGUUCGUUUUGAUAUUAUAUAUUAUGAAACGAUAUUGUGAGGUGGAUUUCCUUAUAAAAUAACACUAUGUGGCUAUUAUGAGCUCCGGAUAAAACAUGUUUUAGGUCGUAACUAGUUGCAUGGGCUCUUUAUAUUCCUUUCGGGUAAUAAAGGCAUUCUUAGGUCUUCUUUGUGUGAUUAUAAGUGAGAAAGUGUUCUUGACUAUUAUAAUAUCAGAAAAAAAUAA